AUGCCUGCGCAUGGCGAGUCCACCAUGCCGACCACGCGCCGGACGAGGAAAUCAAUCGGCGUACACACAGAGCUCUCGAACUCACACAAGGAAAAUGCUACAAUCGACGUCGGCCAGUCAAUGGCUGCGAGUCGCAAGUCACGGAGCAAGAGCAUCGGCCCUGGCGGGCUGGAUGCGCUCAGGCAGGGGAAUGGCAACAGGCGCGCGUCUCUUGCGGCGCCGUCCAAGCUCCCUCGCUCGAUUCUCAAGCCCACGAUUUCUCCUCUACCCGAAAUCCCACCGUUGAAAUCGAAGCUGCCGAGAAAAUCAGUAGGCGCGUCAACAUCCAGCCAGCCCGAGGAGGAGUCAAGCGGGUCCAAAGUCGCCGUGCGGACAGAGGAGGAGCAACAAGCUGCAGCAAGGGAGAGAGAAGAGCGGGAGAGGCGAGAUGCUCGUCGCAAGUCACUGGCCAAUCGCAGAGUCUCGUUUGCGGCAGAGGCGACAUUGCACACCUUCCAUGAGGUGGAAUAUAUGCAGUCUAAAAACUCUACAGAGUCGAGGAGGAAAUCAGGCUCAGGAGCGAGCACCCGAAGUGCGGGCGGCCAGACCGCCGCCGCCGAGGAUCAAAGCACGCAAGGGAAGAGAAGCUCGCUUGGUGGACAGAGUCAAAUCCAAAGCCAAGAUGAGAAUAGUACCUCGGUUAUAUAUAGCUCGGAUUCCGAGCCCGCUGAUGCGGUGGAGGAGAUACCCACGGAUGAAGAGGUGGUGGAGGAGGAAGAAAACUCCAACAGCGAUUCUGACGACGGCACGACGAUGAGCCUUGAGACAGAAGACGUGACAGGUACGACCGUGGCAUCUGAAAAGUCCAUGGAAGACGUGGACGAAGAUUCCUCCACACUUGACGAGGCUCUUCGCAUGGCUGCCCGCCGUGCAGCUACCCAGCAACUCGGAGAGGAUUCUGACGAUGGCGAAGAGAUUAUACCCUCAUUUGGUUGGGCGAGAAAAGCAAACCCACAGCCCGCAGCUAGCGGGAACAAGGAGUCUGCAAAAUCACCGGUGGAUCAAGGCGCCGAUAACAACACAGAGAUGGACAUGGACAUGGAUAUGGACAUGGAUAUAACGCAAGCCGUGGGAAAGAUCAUCAAGCCUUCUGGACCAGGUGAAAGCGAGAGAGAGGCAGAGGCAGAGGCAGAAGUCUCCAUGGACGUCACUCGUGCAUGGGGUGGCAUCAUCUCGAACGGGAGACCCAAUGAUGCACCAUCAGAUUCUGGUGAGAUGGAAGAUGCCACGAUGGACUUAACGACUGCGGUUGGAGGCAUACAUUACCCUGAGCUGCCAGAUGGUGACACAGACUUCGACGAGAACGAAGAUAUGUCAAUGGAGCUCACCAGUGUCAUGGGAGGCCUGUUGACUCGCCGACAACAGGAGCAGAAUGAGGCCGCUCGACGCCAAACACUGAACCAGACUGCGAAGCUAGGCGAUGAUGCCACCAUGGACAUGACUGUUGACGGACUCGCCGAUGCUGAUGGCGAUGGUGAUGCGACAACGGGCAUGGACAUAACCACAGCCCUGGGCGGCAUCAUCAAGAACACCUCGCAGGCUUUUAGAAGGAGCCUCUUUGGGUCUCGGACAGAGCAUUCGGAGACCCCCCCGCAAUCAACAUCGGCAGCCGCAUCGCAACCGCCCCCUGAUCAAAGCACUCCUCUUGCAAAGACAGCGUCGCGAAGGUCUAAAUCGCCAGGUUCUGCAUUGCAGGCUGUGCAAGAAAGGGCGCCUCAACUUGCGACGCCUCAAGCAGUCAGGGAGCCCCUAAUAGAUGUCUCAACGACACCGCCAACGCCCAACUUCCUGACUACACCAAAAUCAUCUACGACGCCGAAAACUCCAGCAUCCAAAGCUUCUACAACCCCUCGGCAGGCCUCAUCGUCGAAGAAGACGCGAACACCGACAUCGCAGAGCCGAACUCUCCGAUCAGCGACCAGAAAACCCCCAUCGCAGAGCGCAAGUCGAACGCCCUCACCCGCGAAAGCAACUCCAAAGAGCAGCACAAAAUCAACACAGCGGGAUGUCUCUACGCCUCGAAAACUCUCUGGGGUUGGUGCAGACAGGCCUGGCCUGGGAUCGCCCCAAGUUGCGGCCAUCUUCAACCGUCGUGAGUCUUUGACUGAAUCAACGAGCUUGUUCAUUCCGGGAAAACGGGCUGUUGCUUUCAGCGACCCCAAGGUCUUUGCACAAGAACUUGAUCAGGAAAGCGACGAAGGAACUCGGCGGAAAUCCGACGGUCGAGACGCUACACUCAACCUUAGAGAGAUGAUUGAGAGUAUGAGUCCCAAGCGAAACCCGCUCAGAGGCCGAAAGAGCCUCCACGUCGGCAGCGCCAGGGGUCUCCUGGGUAAGCGACCCGCUGAACUGGACGAGGAAGCGGAAGCCGAAGAGAAUGACGGCGUCAAGAGGUUGAAGGGUCGUCAGGGCAGCCCUGUCAAGAAUGUGAGGCUGCAGCAGCCGCCUUCGAAAGAAGAGACAACCGGCAGGCUGAGAAGAUCAACCCGAUUAAGUUUCGAUUUUUCCGGCAAAACGUCCCAAUCUGCGCAGUCAUCUCCAUUGAAGGGUAGCGGUAGUGCCACCUUAUUGAGCCAGAAGUUCUCCAGGGCUGGAAAAGAUAACCAAACGGUCCACGAUGUGCAAAUACACCAGCCGUUGGAGAACAACGACUCUCAACCUUUGGAGACAGUCGAAGAGCAUCAGAUGCACCUCCAGGAUUUCUUGAACUUGACCUCGAUUCGCUUCAUGGAGCUAAACACGACAAAGAGGCGCCACACAAUCGCCCCGAGAACAUCACAGAGCGGCAUUCUACCUGAAGGAGAAGAUGACCGGUCUCUGGAGCGAUGUGUGGUGGCGGGCGCUUGUACUGUGCCCAUGCUAGAACUGUAUCAGCAUUCCUGCCGAGAGUUGAAAAAGUACAUCUCCGAGGGACGAAGAAUUGUCAAAGAGAUUGAGACGGAGACGUUUGAAGAAAACCCCCCUCUGUUUCAAGAAUAUCUAUCCGCGACUCCCGAAGUCAAGGCAUUGAUGGACAAUCAGUUUAAGAACGUCAGGACUCAUGCCCGUCACCUUAGCAAGGCGAUGUGGUAUGAAUGGAGGAUGAAGCUGCAGGACGGACUGAACGAAGGCCUCAUCAGCAUCUCUGACGGCAUGAAGGAUGAUCUCAAGUUGAUCGAGGAGCAAGAGAAGCUUUUAAAGAGCGUGAUGCCCAGCCUUGUGAGCCGCUACGAAUCACUGUUGGAAGAAAGCAGCAGCCUCGAAGAAGCUGCCAAGGAACUUGCCGACUGUGACCCCGCUGAACUCCAGGCGGCCCGAGAAGAAUUGACCAGCCUGGACGAUGAUAUUGCUCAGAAGAAGAAGCUUAUUGCCAAGCUUCGACAGGAGUUUGAUGCCUCGGCAGCUGACGUGGAGGAAUUGACAGCACGGAAGGCGCAAUGUCUUGUUGAGAUUCAAGAGUCGGAGCGGAUCAGAGAAGAGUGCCGUGGCUGGACCAGCACCGAGGUGAACAAUCUCAAAGCGCGGGUAGAGGCCAUUGAGAAGGAGUACGGAUGGGCCGUAACGGGCAUCUCAGGCUCAACGCUGUCGAUGACAUACAGGCGUGAGAUUGAGCUCGUCCUGGACAUUACAUCCUUCCAACCGAAGCAGCCAAACUCGCCCAUUGACCUGUGGUACAUUGCCGACAGCCGCGCGAUCAAUCCUCUGCCGAGAACUGCGGAAAAGGAAUUCCUCUUACAAUGCAUUCGGGAACAUAUUCGAGCGAUGUCACAGAGCCGCACGAAGCUGUCUCACCUCCUCAGCGUGGUGAAGGCCGCCUGGGACAAAUCGAACUGGAUCUCCCGCGAAGUCAGGCGUAUCAAUGUAAUGUUUCCAACAAAGGUCAACAAGACGUCCGACUCCAGUAUUGCUGUUACCAGCUCCCUCCUGUUGGCACCUUUGGAAACACGAGUCGAGGUGAUAUUCAACCUCAAGGGGUCCAGCGGGCCAGAAGGGGUCAAUGUGGAUGUCUCAACGGAUGCCAAGGUCAUUUAUGGGGAACAAUUCAACGUGGGCAAAGUCGGGGAGUUCCUGGGCACCAGGAUCGGGAAGAGCGUUGGCGCCGAGGGCGAGCCGUGGAGCGACGUGGUGGUUGAACUGUAUGAGAAGCUUAUUGCACGGGGGAAGAAGCAGUAG